ACGUUAUGGUGUCAUGUUUCCCCAACGCCAUCAUUGCAAACGUCCCGGAGUGUCCUUACGGCUGGGAGAUUGAGCAGCUCUCCCUGGGUGGAGUCUGUUACUCUGGAAUACACAGCCCGGGCUACUACCGCUUCAUCAUCUCAGACCUAACACCCAGAAACCACUCGUACUGCGGCACGCAGUCUGAGUACAUGCCUGGCAAAGACCCCAAGUACAUCUUCUAUAACUCCAUCGUGUCCAAUGACACUUCUCUCACAGUCAGAAACCAGCCUGUUAACUACACCUUCAGCUGCAUGUACCGAGCAGCCUACCUAGUAAAUAAUGCCGUCUUCAGCCAAAGAGUGGCUACAGUUUAUGUCAACAACGGGAGUUUAGGCACUUUUAGAUCACAGUUGUCUAUGAAUGUGUUCACGAAUUCAAAGUUCCUGUAUGCCAAGGAUGCUCCCUAUGUGAUUGACACUUCUGAGAUCGGCUCUGAAGUCUUCAUUGGCAUCGAGGCGAAAGGACUAAGUAACAGAUUCAAAGUUGUAAUUAACAACUGCUGGGCGACUCCUACUCCUUACUCAACUGACAAGAAGAGGUGGAGUCUCAUCAUUAACAGCUGCUCCUCUGACAACACUGUGACUAUUUUUGAGAACGCCAAAGACAGCCGCUCCAUGUUCAAGUUCAACUCUUUCCGCUUCCAAAGGCUAGAGAAGGUGUCCACAGUCUGGCUUCACUGUGAGGUCCAGGUCUGUGAUGGAGAGAGACUCAUCUGUCAGCCAGGCCCCUGCUCUUUCAGACGUCUGUCGUCAGAGGCAGAACCAAGUGGGGGGAUCCUUACUGCUGAGUUUCACAUCAAAGGUAAUGGGUCCUCCAAUAAUGGACACAUAAAAGGCACUUCACUAUUCAUCCUGCUGGUGGUCCUAAUAAACACAUGGUGUGAUUUAGUAAAUGGGUCAAGAAUGUAGUAAAAACUUAGAUUUCCAUUCGGUUUCUUUUAUACACACAUACACAGAGGGGAGUGUCACAGGACUCAGGGAGCGUAUGAAUACAUUCCUCCCCCACACUCAAAUAAAUGAUUUUCUCAUUUAAUUUUCUCACAAAGAAUAUUUGUAAUUAGCAUUUAUUGAGAUUUCCAUAUCUUCUUGUGAAUGAAUAAUCUUUUAAAAUGUUACAUAUAUUACUUCACUGCUUUCUCUAAUAAAGAUUCUUUGAAAACUAA